UAGAAAGGAGAUUGUGUAAAAUAAUAAAACAAAUAUAAAACAAAUAAAUCGUAUUGUAAAAAAUGCAGGUGAAAAUAUGCGGAUUAAAACUUACUGAGACGGGUAGUUAAUAAUCUAUAUCUCUGAUUGAAAGGAAUGACGUCAGCAGACACAUCGAUUUCAGCUGUCUGGUAGAUAAGUAGGGCGCGCUAGUCAGACAAGGAAUAAUCAGGACUUGGAAGUUGCAUGUUUUUGUUAAAUUUGUGAAAGAUGAAGUUAUAAAGUAUUAAAGAUGCAUCAAAGUCGCGAUGUCUCGAAUAUCCCUGAACGUGAGUGGAAGCCUGUUCGAAACACAAGAAGAAACGUUGAGAAAAUACCCCGAAACGUUACUUGGAGACAAACAAAAGAGAAGCAAAUUCUUUUGUCCAAACACAAAACAGUUUUUCUUCGAUCGAAAUAUACCAUCUUUCCAAGCAAUAUUGUUUUUUUAUCAAUCUUCCGGAAAACUGUAUUGUCCACCUGACAUUAAUUUGAAGAUCUUUGUAGAGGAGUGUAAUUUCUAUGAGAUUCCAAAUGCUAAUAUUGUGGCUAUGAAGAAAAGGAAAGGUGCUAUUUUGAAUGAAACUAUUCAAGCUAAGCUAAGACCUCAUGUGACUCAAGACACCUCUCUGCGAAUGAAAAUUUGGGAAUUCUUAGAAUUUCCGAGUUCCUCGAUAUUUGCCAGAUGUUUCGCAUUAAUAUCUCUUUUGCUUGUCUUUUUGUCAGUGUUUACCAACCUGAUGGAAACUAGCGACGGUUACUAUCAGAGCAAGCAAUGGCUCUAUGCUGAAUUUUUCCUGAACUUUUGGUUCCUGUCAGAACUCACACUCCGUAUGAUAUUAGCACCUAAAAAGAAGAAAUUCCUUCGUAAUGCAAUGAAUUGGGUCGACAUCAUUGUUAUUAUACCAUACUUUAUAGGCUUCUUAAUAUUUGAGACAAAUUUUUAUUCUCCCCGGAUAUUAAGACUUGUUCGUAUUAUGCGCGUACUAAGAAUGUUUCGAACGUCAAAACAUUCACCGCAAAUGAAGGCGAUUGGAUUGAUUGUAAAGGACAGUUUAAAAGAUUUACAAUUGUUUUUCGUUUGUUUGCUCAUCAUAGUGACAUUCGGCGCCAGCGUCAUGUAUCACGUAGAGCAAAGUGAUGGUACCACGCAAUUCACCAGUAUUCCACGCAGCAUGUGGUGGGCAGUCCAAACGUUCUUGACACUGGGUUAUGGAGAUAUAGUCCCCACAACGAUUAUUGGAAAAGCUCUUUCCAGUAUCUAUAUGGUACUUGGUGUUUCGACUAUAUCUUUACCUGUUCUGUCGUUGAUAAUGAAGCUUACUUCGUAUUAUGAGUUACAGAGGAGAUAAAGGUGGCUUGAGAUUAUAACUUGUAUUUCUAACCUCGAAUAUGGUUCGGUCCGAAUGAUAAAAAACAUAUCCUUUACGCGAGGACAUUAUAUUUCGUUUUUACCUGCGGAUCCGAUUAUUUUUAACCGGCAUUACGUCAUUUUUCGAUGGCCUGUUAUACAUUUUGUAAUUGACGCGUAUCGUCAGGUAUCAGCUAGAAAAUUAUUUGUGAGCAUUCGCAAUGAUGUACAUAUAUACUCGUUGAAAUUGUCACUACAAAAAAUACAUGCGCGCAUAUGUAUACAGCGAACUCUCUGUUUCCAACACAUUCUGGUCUGUUGUUCACUUUUUAAUUCAUUUCAAAUCUCGUUCACAAGCUUGUCAGGUUUUCUGAUAUUUGGACAAGCCUUGUAAGGAGGCUGAUCCUAGAUCCCGGUUUCCUGCGGAUUCGAGAUGGAAAGAGUGUACUGUUUUUUUAAUUCUUUUUUCUUCCUUUACUUAAAAUGUUGACAUUUAUGCUUUUUUAUUUUCACGUUAUGGAAUAUUUAUAAUUUGAUAUUCAGUAAAUAGGACAUAGUGAAAAGAUUGUAAUUUGAGAUAAAACUUAUUUUCUGAGUUAUCAAGGCAAAUCGCGCAUGCGUUUACAGCAAUCUAGAAAGUAUUGUCAAUU